UGAUGCACACACACCGGCUUCGUGCGAUUCCUCUAACCAGCAAAAAUUGUUUACUGUUCAGGAAACUUGAUUAAGGUAACUUAUUGGCCUCAUUUUAGACUCACUUUAUUAUGUUUUGAUGUAGCAUUAGGUUAGCGCUGUUAUUUUAAUAUUUGUGUGAUCCACGUGCGCACGGUGGUGGGCUACAUUGGUCGACGACUCUUGGCAAUAAAGCGAGACAGAUCAGUUUGUGCUGCAAUUAAUCAAAGCGGUUUUCCAAAUCUAGUCUUAGUAGUUUGUCUGGGAUCUACAUCAGUUCUGGACCAAAAUGAAGUGUCACUAUGAUGUACUGGGCGUUAAACGAGACGCGACGGAUGAUGAUCUGAAAAAGGCCUAUCGGAAAUUAGCAUUGAAAUGGCAUCCAGACAAGAACCUUGAAAACGCAGAAGCUGCUGCAGAGCAGUUCAAGCUGAUCCAGGCUGCCUAUGACGUUCUGAGUGAUCCUCAGGAGAGAGCCUGGUAUGAUAAUCAUCGGGAGGCACUGCUGAAAGGUGGAGUCAAUGGAGAGUACCAGGAUGACAGUAUUGAUCUGUUGCAGUACUUCACUGUCACCUGUUAUUCAGGUUACGGAGAUGAUGAGCAGGGCUUUUACACUGUAUACAGGAACCUGUUUGAAAAUAUAGCAGAGGAGGAGAUGGAGCACUGUAAGAAUGAGGAAGACGAGGACGAAGCGUUUCCCUCAUUUGGAGACUCUCAAAGUGACUAUGACACCGUGGUGCACCUGUUCUACGGCUACUGGCAAAGCUUUUGCACGCGCAAAAACUUUGCAUGGAAAGAGGAAUAUGAUACGCGGCAGGCCUCUAACCGCUGGGAGAAGCGAGCUAUAGAGAAAGAGAACAGGAAAACCAGGGAUAAGGCCCGGAAAGAGCACAGCGAACUGGUGCGCCAACUAGUGGCCUUCGUCAGAAAGCGCGACAAGCGUGUUCAGGCCCACAAGAAGCUGGUGGAAGAGCAGAACGCAGAGAAAGCCAAGAAGGUGGAAGAACUGAGGAGGAAACAAAAGCUCCAUCAGGCCAAGCUGGCUGAAGACUAUAAGGAGCAGAGCUGGGCCGCUAUGUCAGAGCUGGAGAAAGAACUGCAGCAGAUGGAAGCUCAGUACAGUCAAGAGUUCGGCGAUGCGUCAGACUGUGAAGAGGAGGUGGAAGAUGAGCAGGAGAGAGAUGACGUGGUUGAGAGUGAUGCAGUUCAGGUGGAUGCUGCUGCAGAGAUGGAACAUUUUUACGAUGACUUGUAUUGCCCUGCCUGUGACAAAUCUUUCAAAUCGGAUAAAGCCAUGAAAAACCAUGAGAAAUCCAAGAAACACAGAGAGAUGGUGGCAUUGCUACGGCAACAACUGGAGGAGGAAGACAAGUCACUGAGUCAGAACUCUGCCGACAGAGAUGAGGAGGAGGAGGAUGAUGAUGAAGAUGAUGAAAUUGAUGACACACCGAGACAAAAAUUGUCUAAAAGGCAAAAGAAGAAGAAACGUCAGCAGAAAACAGUAAACAAUCUUCCAGAAGAGCCAGAGGUUGACAGUCCAAUCCCACAGUCCACAGAGGAGUGCCCCCCACCUGCAUCUGAAUCGGGCAACAGCGAGGAUGCCCCUGUUCCCUCUGAGGACCCAGAUCAGAAUCUAAAACAAGAGGGAUGUGAACCCACAAACCAAAAAAGCUCUGCAAAGACAAAAGGGAAGAAAGGAGGGAAAGACUCUAAAAAGAACAACAAACCACAUGGAAGUUUGGAAGUUUCACAAGAGAAGGAAGUCAACCUCCGCUGUGUUACUUGUCAGUACGAAUUCACCACCAGGAACAAACUUUUCGAUCACUUGAAGACCACUGGCCACGCCACUGCACUCUCAUCUAGUAACACUACCCAAACAUGCAGGAAAAAAAAAGAAACAAGGAAGAAUAGAUAACCAGGAGUGCAAAUAUACUUAUGUAAAAGACUGAAGUCCCUCCAGACAUGGAACCCUCUACAGUAUGGAUAUAUCUAUACAUUGACCGCUUGUUUUAAUAACAUGCAGUUGACACGUUUAUGUGUGUUUGUAUUUCUGUUCAUUCUAGAAUGAAUCUGUGCCCUGUGGGUUUACAGUUCUUUCACAACACAUUGAAUGUGAGAAAAUGUCUCUGAGAGUUGUUCUCUGUAGGUGAAUGAGACUUGGACAUUAUUGAGUAGACAACCCCAAAAUCAAACCCUCAUGUCAUUCCAAACCAUGACUGACUUUCUUCUGUGGAACACAAGAGGAGAUAUUUUAAAGAACGUUAUCACUGCUAUUUUUAUCCGUACAAUAAAAGUGAAUGGAGACUGAGGCUGUCAUAUUGGUUUGGAACAACAUGAGGGUAAGUAAAUGAUUACAGAAUUUUCAUUUUUGGGUGAAUCAUCCCAUUUAAUCCCCUUGUUUUUUGGAGGUUAAACAUAAUUGUCUUGCUGUUAAAGAUGGCACAUUUUAUGGCAUGUUUAGUUAAGUGAUACAGGAACUGCUCUUAAAUUGUUUGCAUAAUAUUCUGCAAAAAUCUAUAAAGUGUGUUUAAUGUAGUGCCAUGAUCACUUUUUCAGAUUUCCUCCAAAAGACAAUAUGUAAGGAAUAAUAUUCCCCUAGACGUUUUUUUCUUUUUGUGUUUUUUUUUUGGUUGUUGUUUGUUUGUUUAUAGUAAAUGUUUGUAAAUAUGGGAAUGUUGACUACUAGUAAUGUGCUAUGCACCAAGUUAUCAUAACACAGUUAUUAUUAGGAAUUGAAUUUAUCAGGUAAAUGAUCUUGAAAAGGGCAAACGCUAAACAUUCAAAUAUUUGUUUUUAUUCUUCAAAGUGUGUGAAAGGUCAGCUGGAAUAUGAAAAGGCUUAGUCUUAUGCAAAACAAUACCAAGGGCUUUCUGGGAAAAGAUAACCACGAGAAGAGAAAACAAUAUUGAAUGAUUAUUUAAUUAACAGUUGCUCGUUUUGCAGGCCUUAAAUAUCCGUUGAUGUUUGAAGGAACAACGGAUUCAUUAUUAUUUCACAAAACUGACCUUGCCCUAAUCAUAUAGGUUAUAAAUGCUAUUUGAACUUGGGCAUGUGUGAAUUUAAUCCUUGCAAAAUAGGGUAACAUGUAUUAGGCUGCCACAAUGAGUGUUGUUUUAGAGGUGACCCUAAUGUAGGUACUGAUUUAAAAAUCAAGUAUUAAGAUAUUGCAGAAACCUCUGGAGUAUAUAAAAGUAAAUGCAACAGAAA